CACAACAGGCAAGGGUGCUGGGGGGCCGGGAGGCUGGCAGUCCUCCUAGCCCCCAGCAAAUCCUCAUUCUAUCUGGGCUCUCCGGUGAUCUCUGCUUCUGCUUCUUUGCUUCUUUCUUGGCUUCUCUUUCGGCUUCUACUGGUGCCACACUUAAAAGCCCAGUCUUAGCCCAGGGAUAUAGGUUGAACAAAUAAAUAUUGACUGUCAGCCUCCAAGUGGAGUGAGCUGUCCUGCCCUGGAUGGCAGGAGGGUAAUGGACUGGGAGAUCUGGGAUCCUAAAAGUAGCCUAGGGGAAGAUUGGAAACCAAGAUUCAAUGGCCAAGGGUUAAAAGCCUACAGCUGGGUGCCCCUUUGGAGGUUGGUUCCCUUGGAGCUCCAGCAUGGCUGCCGCCAGCCCUGUCAGGGAGGCUGAGGGUAAAAUCCAAGACUACAAGGAAGAGGAGAAAGAGGAAAAGGAAGAGCAGGCAGUUGCGGGGGCGUCCAUAGUAGAGGACUCCCAGGCUGCAAACUCUCCCUGGGAUCCACCGUCCCUGAGGAAGGCCCGAGAUGAGGGGCCCUCAGGAAUCAAGCUGGAGCUGCACCCACUGCUGACCAGGUGGGCUCUGUGGUUCUCCAAGAAUGACCGCACCCGGGCCUGGAGGGAAAACCUGCACCUGGUCACCAAAUUUGACACCGUAGAGGACUUCUGGGCGAUAUACAGCCAUAUCAAGCUGGCCAGUAAGCUCUCUUCAGGCUGCGAUUAUGCCCUGUUCAAGGAUGGCAUUGAGCCCAUGUGGGAAGACAGCAAGAACAAGCGGGGUGGCCGCUGGCUGGUCAGCCUGGCCAAGCAGCAGCGCCACAUCGAGCUGGACCACCUGUGGCUGGAGACAUUGCUGUGUCUGAUCGGGGAGAGCUUUGAGGAGUACAGCCAGGACGUUUGUGGGGCGGUCAUCAACAUUCGCACCAAGGGGGACAAGAUUGCCGUGUGGACGAGGGAGGCUGAGAACCAGGCCGGCGUGCUGCAUAUUGGGCGUGUCUAUAAAGACCAUCUAGGCCUCUCCACAAAGACCAUCAUCGGCUACCAGGCCCACGCAGACACGGCCACCAAGAGCAACUCCCUAGCCAAGAACAAGUUUGUGGUGUGAGGGGCCCCUGAGUUUCUCACUGUUCUUUGUGUGUGUGUGUGUGUGUGUGUUGAGGGACUGGACUGCACCAUCCAUCCUAGGCGGGACUGGGGGGCAGAUAGCCUGGCUCUUACGGUCCCUGGUUCCACCCUAGGGUGGGGUGAAUCACUAGGGAAAGUAGGAAGAUGAGACGAGAGAAUUCUAUGAUUCCACACUUAUUCUUUGCUCACCUGGUAAGAGGGUUAGGUGGCCUGAGGGUCAGAUUUCCAUUUUGGGAAGGGAUGGGUUUUGAGAUCACUGACACAGAACUGGAUGGGGUCAGGGAUGGAGUGGGUGCUGCUCCUCUUGGUCAUCAUUCUGCUUAAAGACCUUUGUGAGUCGUCUCAUGAGAUGUGCAGUCUUGGAGCUCACCCUGUUUCCUGUACCUUCCCGCCCUGUGGGUGGGUCUCCAGGUCCCUGGGUCCCCCUCCUCUCCUUUCCUUUCCCAUCCCAAGGGCUGGAAGAUUAGAGACAGAACAUCAUCAUCCUAUAUGCGGAGAUGUGGGAAAGUGAGAACACCCCUUUCCUCAGCUGUGUACAGGGAUGUCUGGGCCUUGCCAGGGGCUGAAGUGGAGGUGGGUAGAUGAGGGCCUUGGCUCAGUUGAGAGCGGGGCUAGUCAGGCCUCACCCUGGUUCCGCCGGAGGCGGGAUAAUGUGAAGAUGAAGUUUAAUAAGCCCUUUCUGA